ACGAGUCUCCUUCUCCUCAUUUGAGUAACCCAAUAAUGGACCAAUUGAUGGGCUGACACAACUUGGGUCUCCAGCUGAUCUCACAUGGCCCAAGCACCUUUUCAACAACACCUUUAUUAUUACUUCACCUUCGUCAUCGCAGAUUCUCUCUGACCUUCAAACCUUCCACAGGUAAACUACAGUAAUUUGGAUUAGACUUCAGAAAUUCUGCAGUGAUUUGCUUCGCGAAAGCUAUCGGUUUUGCAGCUGGUGAUUCAUUGACUCCAGCUCUAAUGGAGGUUUCGAAUUUCUCUGCAUCUUAUCUGUCACAUCGUCUCUGUCGGAUUCCUCUCUUCUACCAGGGAAGCAAGGCGGAUAUCAGAAACGGUUGUAUCCAGGCAGUGAAUUGUUUGCCUUCAGAUUCGCGCCAACAAUGCACUAGGAAUUUCCAGGGCUUACUGAAAAAAGGCCAAUUUAUUUUCCAACACCCAAAGUACCAAAAUAUUCUGUCUUCCCAUUCAUAUCUUCCAAGCCCUUGCCAAGCAAAAAGUGAGGACACUGAAGAAAAACUGAGUGGCGAAAGCAUCCUACUGAACGAGCAGAGUAUGGAGGAAGAACUCCAGCUUGCUAUUCAAGAAGAGAACUAUCCCCAGGCAGCAAAAAUCAGAGACAACCUUCGCCUUCUCCACCAUGACAUCAAGGCAUCGGUCUUAGCAGCAAAUGCCCGGUUUUACAAUUCAUUCAGGACGGGUGACUUGGCUGCCUUGCAAAAUCUCUGGUCUAAGGGUGAACACGCGUGCGCAGUACAUCCCGGAGUGAGUGGCAUUUGUGGGUAUGAUCUUGUGAUGGGAAGCUGGGAAUAUGUGUGGGCUGACUACGAGUUCCCAUUAGAGAUUGAGAUUAAGGACGUGGCGGUUCACGCCAGAGGGGACAUUGGCUAUGUUACUUGCAUUGAGAUGGUGAAGACCAGACACGGUGGCUGGGGUAAACAGUUUGCCACUAAUGUGUUUGAGAAGGUUGACGGUCACUGGUACAUGUGCAUUCACCAUGCCUCAUACAUUGACCUCUAAACAAAUCAUCUUGCAAGGUGAACGUUGAGAUUUUCAUUGUGAAUUUUUUGUACUCUGAUUUUUGUAUACAGUAUACACACACACCUGCGAAUGUUACUUGGUGGGAUU